UAAUUAUUAUACACAAUUUUUCAAAAUCACAUUCAAUAAUUCAAUAUGGAUUCCAUUUCAGUACCACCACAACCGUCUAAUCGCAUGCCUCUUCAUGAUACAGCCGAUGAUUUUCCUAAUAUCGAUGCUCGUUGUCUGAUUUUCAGUGGGACAGUGUUGUCAAUCUGCAUUCGUUUUUAUAUUUUCUUUGGGUAUAUGGCAUUCCAUGAGGAAACGGAGAUGAAUGAUUUAACUAAUUUGUAUGUUAAAUGUCCAAGGAAUUAUCCUGUACCAUUUGUUUUACUCAAUUUCUUAGUACUACUAAUCAUUCCUUCAAUCUUAGCAGUCUUCUUUUGGGAAGAUGGCCCAAUCGGAAAAGAAAUUGUCGUCGGAAAUUUCAAAAAAUGCAUAAUGCUCGGAUUGAGUUUAUUAGCAGUUGUUAUAAGCCGACUAGUUAUGAAGAAAAUGCGUUACUCCUACUGUAUAAUCGUUCUUACGGUAGAACUCCAAGGAUAUACAAAUCUUUUGUUAUCUUUAAAAGACUAUAGUCUUUGGGACAUUAUAAUUGUGGGUAGUUUGCAGAUUUCUGGCUAUCAAUCUGAUGAAAGGUGGGAGUUGGUCGAUGUGUAUAGUUUCUUCGGUUUCGAUUUUUAUGUGCCAGUGCCAGUAUCUAUUUUAUAAAUCUUUCUUGCCUUCGUGUUUCCGAAGUAAAACGAAAGAAAAAAGAGAGGAGAAAACAGAAUUUAUUGAUAUG